AUGAGUCAGACAUACAUCAAAGAUACAGCAGACCUCUCAGAGAAGCCAUGGAAUUUCCCCAAGAAACAUCUUUCGGCUCAUGUCUUUGACGACAUUGAGGCAAAAGGUGUCACCCAAAACUACAACACAAAGUUGAAUGAAAAGAUGCACAGCCUGCUGAAGGAUGCCUAUCAGGAUCAUAUAAACUUCAAGAAUUUUGCUGAACAGAUUCUUCGGUACAACCAUGACAGCCUAAUUGCAGAAUAUAUUCACAGCAAGAUGGACUGCCUCAACACACAGAAUAUAGGCUCAUCAGAUCUACCUGAUCUGUUGGAGGCCAAUGAGGUCGAACAGACUAAUCCAACUGAUGCACAGCACUUUAGUCUUGGUUCAUGGCAGGUGAGUAAAUCAUUUGCAGACAUCAAAGCAGGUAACAUGGGCAAUCUAGUUUUUGAUCAAAUUGAAUGA